AUUAUUUAUUUUUGCAAAUUGUCGCAGUUUAAAUAAAAUUUCACUGCUGACACUGUUUGGAUUAGUUAUUUUAAAGAAUCAUACGAUAGACCUUAUAUUUUUUGAGAGAAAAAAGAGACGAGAAUGGCCUCAAGAUUAUACGCAGCAAUGAUUUCGGCGGCGACUCCGAUGGUACCAGCCAGACUUACACCACUUUGGAAUCAUCCAGCUGGACCAAAAACAGUAUUUUUCUGGGCACCAGUAUUCAAAUGGGGUCUGGUUUUAGCUGGUUUAAAUGAUCUUCGUCGGCCAGCUGACACAUUGUCUGUGGGUCAGUCAGCUUCACUUGCAGCAACUGGCGUUAUCUGGUCUCGCUAUUCACUCGUCAUUAUCCCAAAGAACUACGGAUUGUUCUCAGUAAACGUUUUUGUCGCACUAACACAAUUCGUCCAACUUUAUCGUGCUUUUACAUUCAAAAAAAGUGUGGAAGCGAUUGCUGGUGUUCCCGAAGUGACGCCUGCAAAUUAA